GGCUGUUUUUUAAGCCGUAUGUAUGUAUGUAUGGGCAUUUUUGACAGAUAUAUUUUGUUUUGAGUCACAGUGACACAGCAACAGCUGACUAGCAUGUUAGCUAAGAGCUUCGUACGGUUGUGACUCGUGAAUUUGCCUCAAUUAUUAGAUAUUCGUUGCAAUUAAGCUUAGCUACUAUAUGCCUUUUUUAUUUUGCCCAACGUAAGGCAUUUCUGACUAUUUGUGUUUUUCUAUUUGCGGAAACAGAACGAACUAUAGUAACUUAACACUACGUUAGCUCGUCGGAUAGCUAGCUAGCGAGAUCACACUAGCUAGCUAACGUUAGUUCGUACACAUUGAAGACAAACACAGCACUCAACCUAAUUUUACACCACCAAGCUGAAUUAUGGAUCCAAAUAACACCUCGUACGCUGUGAAACUGUACGUUUACGACAUAUCUAAAGGAAUGGCUCGCCAGCUGAGCCCCCUCAUGCUAGGUAUACAGCUUGAUGGAAUAUGGCACACUGCUAUUGUUGUACAUGGAGAGGAGUUUUUCUAUGGGGGAGAUGGCAUCACAAACUGCCCACCUGGCGGAACAUCCCUGGGACAACCCAACUCCAUAAUAGACUUGGGCACCACAGAGGUGACUGAGGAGAUCUUUAUGGAGUACCUGUCUUCACUGGGAGAGUCCACGUACAGGGGGAACCAAUACCAUCUGUUUGAGUGGAACUGUAACACGUUCAGUAACGAAGUGGCCCAGUUCCUCACUGGCAGCAAGAUCCCCGGCCACAUCACAGACCUGCCGGCUGAAGUGCUCUCCACGCCUUUCGGCCAGGCGCUACGCCCUCUACUGGACUCCAUCAAUAUUGCACCUCAGGGGGGCAACACCUUCAACGGACACUAUGGCCAGAGAUAGGCCAGAGAUAGGCCGAUAACACAGGAUCCCAUGAUCGGCUGAAUGUAAAACUAGAGGGCUGCAAAGUUUCUCUCUAGAAAGUGCAGCUCUUUCCUACACGGGUGGGGGUAGGGUACAUUUUACAUACCUUCUAUGUUUUACUAAAGUGUUAAGCUAUUUUACUGUUAUAUUGUUUUGUUCUUUUUUAAUUACCAUGAUAUGACUGGGUUGCCACUAGAGGGAGAGAAGGAAAGGAAAAGAGAAACGGCUAAAGUGGUGAUAAAAUCUAGACAAAUUCUGACUUGCACUUAUCUUUGUAUUGGGAACUUGCGUAUUCACAUGUCUUUGUACCAACUGUCUUGUGUCAAGGUUUAUCCAUCCCUUGAAUACAUCGUCACACACUCUCAGGGUCAUCAUGCGAAGAUGACCUCAAAGUACUGAAUGUUAGAUUUUUAUUUUUAUAACUAAAGAGACCACAACCGGUCGUUUCAAAUCGGAACAAAAAGUCAUAAUGGGCAGAACAAGAAAGGUGGGCAGAGCCAGUUACAAGCAAGCGAGAUCCUUUUGGUGCGUUCUAGCAUACAUUUGCAUAUUUCUGCUUGGGAACACCUACUCUGAAGUGCGUGUGCAAUAACUCAAUUCCCUUUUGCACUCCUAAACAGUGCCAUUUAAAAAAAAAACUUUAGCAAAGGGUAAAUUCUAGGAAACUUAGUCCACUGUUCAUAACAGGUUCAUGUUUUGGGAACAGAACUGUAUUGAGAUCAAAUGUUUCAUCAAUUAGCAGAAUCUUGGCCAAAAUCCAUCUCGUUCCAUCUUCUCCAGCUACUGGGCUUCCUCUCACUGGAAACGCCAAGUGGAUGCUUCACAUUUAUACAGUCGGUGAAAUAUCUGGCGCAUUGUUCUAUCUGUGUCUGGAUCUUUCCAGAGUGUGUAUUCUCAUACCUUUUCAAAUGAGCAGGAAUACACCAUAUACAGGAAUUCUCUAAGAUUGAAAUGUUGUGCAGUCUGUUGAUCCAGGAUAGGAAUACAAAAAUCACUCUUCAUAUCAUGAGUCAUGCCAAUCUCCAUUAACUUUUCCCCUGAUAUUAAAUAUCAGUGAUUUUUCUUUUGUGGUUUAUUUCUUUGGAUAAUAUGUACAGUGGGGCAAAAAAGUAUUUCGCCAGCCACCAAUUGUGCAAGUUCUCCCACUUAAAAAGAUGAGGCCUGGAAUUUUCAUCAUAGGUACACUUCAACUAUGACAGACAAAAUGAGAAAAAAAUCCAGAAAAUUACAUUGUAGGAUUUUUAAUGUAUUUAUUUGCAAAAUAUGGUGGAAAAUAAGUAUUUGGUCAAGUUUCUCAAUACUUUUAUAUACCCUUUGUUGGCAAUGGCAGAGGUCAAAUGUUUUCUGUAAGUCUUCACAAGGUUUUCACACACUGUUGCUGGUAUUUUGGCCCAUUCCACCAUGCAGAUCUCCUCUAGAGCAGUGAUGUUUUGGGGCUGUUGCUGGGCAACACGGACUUUCAACUCCCUCCAAAGAUUUUCUAUGGGGUUGAGAUCUGGAGACUGGCUAGGCCACUCCAGGACCUUGAAAUGCUUCUUACGAAGGCACUCAUUUGUUGCCUGGGCAGUGUGUUUGGGAUCAUUGUCAUGCUGAAAGACCCAGCCACGUCUCAUCUUCAAUGCCCUUGCUGAUGGAAGGAGAUUUUCACUCAAUCUCACGAUACAUGGCCCCAUUCAUUCUUUCCUUUACACAGAUCAGUCGUCCUGGUCCCUUUGCAGAAAAACAGCUCCAAAGCAUGAGGUUUCCACCCCAUGCUUCACAGUAGGUAUGGUGUUCUUUGGAUGCAACUCAGCAUUUUUUUUGUCCUCAACACGACGAGUUGAGUUUUUACCGAAAAGUUAUUUUGGUUUCAUCUGACCAUAUGACAUUCUCCCAAUCUUCUUCUGGAUCAUCCAAAUGCUCUCUAGCAAACUUCAGACGGGCCUGGACAUGUACUGGCUUAAGCAGGGGGACACGUCUGGCACUGCAGGAUUUGAGUCCCUGGUGGCGUAGUGUGUUACUGAUGGUAGGCUUUGUUACUUUGGUCCCGGCUCUCUGCAGGUCAUUCACUAGGUCCCCUUGUGUGGUUCUGGGAUUUUUGCUCACCGUUCUUGUGAUCAUUUUGACCCCACGGGGUGAGAUCUUGCGUGGAGCCCCAGAUCGAGGGAGAUUAUCAGUGGUCUUGUAUGUCUUCCAUUUCCUAAUAAUUGCUCCCACAGUUGAUUUCUUCAAACCAAGCUGCUUACCUAUUGCAGAUUCAGUCUUCCCAGCCUGGUGCAGGUCUACAAUUUUUGUUUCUGGUGUACUUUGACAGCUCUUUGGUCUUGGCCAUAGUGGAGUUUGGAGUGUGACUGUUUGUUUGAGGUUGUGGACAGGUGUCUUUUAUACUGAUAACAAGUUCAAACAGGUGCCAUUAAUACAGGUAAGGAGUGGAGGACAGAGGAACCUCUUAAAGAAGAAUUUACAGGUCUGUGAGAGCCAGAAAUCUUGCUUGUUUGUAGGUGACCAAAUACUUAUUUUCCACCAUAAUUUGCAAAUAAAUUCAUUAAAAAUCCUACAAUAUGAUUUUUCUGGAUUUUUUUUUUUUCUCAUUUUGUCUGUCAUAGUUGAAGUGAUAAAUUACAGGCCUCUCCUCUUUUUAAGUUUAGAACUUGCACAAUUGGUGGCCGACUAAAUACCUUUUUGCCCCACUAUGUGUGUGUGUGUGCUGCUCAAAAAAAUAAAGGGAAUACUAAAAUAAGUCCUAGAUCUGAAUGAAAUAUUCUUAAAUACUUUUUUUCUUUACAUAGUUGAAUGUGCUAACAACAAAAUCACACACAUUAUCAAUGGAAAUCAAAUUUAUCAACCCAUUGGAGGUCUGGAUUUGGAGUCACACUCAAAAUUAAAGUGGAAAACCACACUACAGGCUGAUCCAACUUUGAUGUAAUGUUCUUAAAACAAGUCAAAAUGAGGCUCAGUAGUGUGUGUGGCCUCCACGUGCCUGUAUGACCUCCCUACAACGCCUGGGCAUGCUCCUGAUGAGGUGGCGGAUGGUCUCCUGAGGGAUCUCCUCCCAGACCUGGACUAAAGCAUCCGCCAACUCCUGGACAGUCUGUGGUGCAACAUGGCGUUGGUGGAUGGAUCGAGACAUGAUGUCCCAGAUGUGCUCAAUUGGAUUCCGGUCUGGGGAAUGGGCGGGCCAGUCCAUAGCAUCAAUGCCUUCCUCUUGCAGGAACUGCUGACACACUCCAGCCACAUGAGGUCUAGCAUUGUCUUGCAUUAGGAGGAACCCAGGGCCAACCGCACCAGCAUAUGGUCUCACAAGGGGUCUGAGGAUCUCAUGGCAGUCAGGCUACCUCUGGCGAGCACAUGGAGGGCUGUGUGGCCCCCCCAAAGAAAUGCCAACCCACACCAUGACUGACUCACCGCAAAAAGUCAUGUUGGAGGAUGUUGCAGACAGCAGAACGUUCUCCACGGUGUCUCCAGACUCUGUCACGUGCUCAGUGUGAACCUGCUUUCAUCUGUGAAGGGCAAAUUCGCCACUGACACCCUGUGCUCAUCUUGGUGUUCUCUGGCAAAUGCCAAAUGUCCUGCACGGUGUUGGGCUGUAAGCACAACCCCCACCUGUGGACGUCGGGCCCUCAUGGAGUCUGUUUCUGACCGUUUGAGCAGACACAUGCACAUUUGUGGCCUGCUGGAGGUCAUUUUGCAGGGCUCUGGCAGGGAUCCUCCUGCUCCUCCUUGCACAAAGGUGGAGGUAGCGGUCCUGCUGCUGGGUUGUUGCCCUCCUACGACCUCCUCCACGUCUCCUGCUGUACUGGCCUGUCUCCUGGCAGCGCCUCCAUGCUCUGGACACUACACUGACAGACACAGCAAACCUUCUUGCCACAGCUCGCAUUGAUGUGCCUUCCUGGAUGAGCUGCACUACCCGAGCCACUUGUGUGGGUUGUAGACUCCGUCUCAUGCUACCACUGGAGUGAAAGCACCGCCAGCAUUCAAAAGUGACCAAAACAUCAGCCAGGAAGCAUAGGAACUGAGAAGUGGUCUGUGGUCACCACCUGCAGAACCACUCUUUUAUUGGGGGUGUCUUGCUAAUUGCCUAUAAUUUCCACUUGUUGUCUAUUCCAUUUGCACAACAUCAUGUGAAAUUUAUUGUCAAUCAGUGUUGCUUCCUAAGUGGACAGUUUGAUUUCACAGAAGUGUGAUUGACUUGGAGUUACAUUGUGUUGUUUAAGUGUUCCCUUUAUUUUUUUGAGCAGUGUGUAUGUAUGUGUGUGUGUGUAUAUAUAUAUAUAUAUAUAUAUAUAUACAUACAUACAUACAUACAUACAUACAUACAUACAUACAUACACAGGCUGUCUUUUUUUUUUAUAAAUAAUGUUUUUUGAGGGGUGGGUCAGCUUAAUAUUGCGGAAAGAAUGUUGCUUCCAUCAAUGUGAUUAUCUGCAUCAUUUCCAAUCCCCCAUAUAUUUUUGGGGUAAAUAUAUAUAUAUCCAUACACGCAUGCAUAUAUAUACACACAUACAUACCUAUAUAGAUAUAUACUUUUUUAAAGAAUAUACCUUUAUUAUUCUCCACAAACCCUACCACCGAUCCCCCAGUUGGAGUAAACAAACACUUUGGCUUUUACCUUCAAUUUAUACAUCUUAUACACAUUUUACAGACAGUCUAUUUUACAAUAGUUCGUUUUUUUCUUCCUCUAUUUCUGAUGUCCAUCCAGUUUGAUUUCUAUUUGUAACUGUGCUAUUUCACAAAAGUUCUGAACCUAUAUGCAUUUUACAGACCUGUGUGUUUUACAUUACCUUGUUAUUAGUCCCACCUUUCAGCUCCAUUCAACCCCUCCCAUCAUCAUUCAUUUCGGAUUUCUAUUUGCCAUAUAUUUUUCAACUGUGCUGUGAUGCUUGGGGCGGCAGGGUAGCCUAGUGGUUAACCGGAAGGUUGCAAGUUCAAACCCCCGAGCUGAUAAAGUACAAAUCUGUCGUUCUUCCCCUGAACAGGCAGUUAACUGUUCCUAGGCUGUCAUUGAAAAUAUUAAUUUGUUCUUAACUGACUUGCCUAGUUAAAUAAAGCUAAAAAAAAAAUGCUUCACAAAAUAAUUUAACCUUUCUAUUCUCAUAGCAUCUACAGAUUGUAAAUUAAAAAUAUAUUUUUUUGCUAAUGUAAUUAUUAUAUUAUUGAUUGAUUGACUAUGGCUUUUCCAAUCACCCAGUAUUGCUAUCUGCAGCGUUAGUUCUAGGCAAAUGUUGCAAUUCUUCAGCCAUUCCUGGACCUGUGACCAAAAACGAGCUACGUAUGGACAAUACCAAAAAUAUAUUAUCUAAUGACUCUGCCUCCUCACAGCAGAAUCUGCAGAGCGGGUAAGAUUGUAUCCCCCAUAUAUAUAACAUUCUAUUAGUUGCAAGAAUUGUGUAUAGUAAUUUAAAUUGAAAAAUUCUUAGUUUUGAAUCCGGCGUUGUUUUGCGUUUCAAUUCAUAAACCAUGUGCCAUGGAAUGGGUACAUCGAUAAUCUCUUCCCAACUAUUUUGCAAUUUAUAUGGCACAGCUGUCCGUUUUUUGGUCCUCAAAUGAAAUUGGUAUGUUUUUAUUUAUCACACUUUUCUUUAACUAUUUGUGUUCUUUAAUACAGUGCUGACACACAAGUUCCUUACUUUUUCCCCUUCUACUUGCCUCUUCCAUUUUUGUGCUAAUGCUGCAAUUAAUUGGUUGUAAUUUUGAGUAGAGCAGACUGUCUUUUCAGGUGGAUUAAACUGAAAUUGCAACCAACUUUCUAAGGCUUGUUUAAAAAAUAAAGAUAUUUUGGAGAUUAUAUCCUUUUCAAACACCCAAAAGUGGGCUGGUGUAAUCUGAACAUGGGAUGAGACAUUUGUAUCAAUUUACUAGAGAACCAGUUUGGAUUUAAGUAUAACUUUUGUAUGACUGAUGCCUUUAGUGAGAGGUCUAAUGCUUUAAUAUUUAAUCAUUUCUGCCCUCCAAAUUCAUAUUCGUUAUAUAAAUAGGCCCUUUUAAUUUUAUCUGGCUUGUCGUUCCAAAUAAACUUGAAUAUUUUUUGUUUGUUCAUAUAAUUUAAAAAGCUAGUCAACUAGGUGUAGGCAAAACCAUAAGCAAAUAGGUCAACUGUGAUAUUACUAAAGAGUUAAUCAGGGUGAUUUUUUUCCCCCCACAAAUAGACAGGUAUUUUCCUUUCCAUGGUAGCAAGAUCUUAUCUAUUUUUGCUAACUUUCUAUAAAAAUGUAUUGGAGUCAGAUCAUUUCUUUCCUUUGGGAUUUGUAUACCGAGUAUGUCCACGCCUCCGUCAGGCCAUUUAAUUGGUCAACUACAUGGUAAUGUAAAAUGUGCAUUUUUUUUAGUGAUCCAAUACGUAAUAUGGUACAUUUAUCAUAAUUUGGUUUUAAUCCAGAGAGAAUAGCAAAAGUAUCUAGAUCCUCCAUGAGGCCGUGGAGAGACUCUAGUUGUGGUUUUGAAAGAAAACAUUAAUCAUCAGCGUAAAAUGACACCUUAGUUUUUAAGACACGUGUUUCUAAUCCCUUAAUAUUAUUGUUUGAUCUAAUCUUAGCUAACAUUUCGAUGGCAAUAAUAAAUAGAUAUGCCGAUAGUGGACAAAGGCUGUCUUUGCAAGGUAAAUAUUUUAAAGAAUUCCCUAAUGUCAUUAUGGUCAUAUAUUGUUAUAGCUAUUGUAUUAUCAAGGCUAAUUUAUUCAGUAAUUCACAUUGGUGUUAAGUCAAUGUUGUGAUAUCCCCCCCCAAAAUCCAUCCUUACUCUCUCCACUAUUGUGAUGUAAAUGAUCCCGUUUAUAUUUUACGGAACUCUUGCCACUGCUUGAUAAAGAACCUUUCUCUAUAA